AUGGCGCCGUCAUCUUCGGCUGUCUCUUCCCAGCUCAGGCAGGUCGUGCACUACCACCUCGACAACUUUGCGUAUGACAACGCCUUGUUCUUCGCCGAGAGGCUCGCCGCCCACGAUCCUCGCACAAGCGAAUCGGUAUAUCUGCUAGCGCUCAGCCACUUUCGGCUUGGGGAUUACCAGACUGCAUAUGAGAUCAGCAAAGCAGUCGGACACCGUGGAAGCCACGUCAGCUGCGCUUUUCUGUUUGCGCAGACCUGUCUUGCACUUGACCAUCACAAAGAAGGCAUCCAAGCCCUCGAACGAGCUCGAGCGUCCUGGUCCGGCAAGAAUGGCUUCGGUAAGCACGGAGCUACGACCCGGUCGCAGCAUCCGGAUGCUGCCACCAUCCUAUGCCUUCUUGGCAAACUGUACCGAGCACGCGACGAGAAGAAGAAGGCGGUCAUUAGCUUCGAGGAGGCUCUGAAAGCGAACCCCUUCAUGUGGGAUGCGUUUACAGCUCUGUGUGACAUGGGUGUCGAUGUCCGCACACAGAACGUCUUCAAGUUGAAUGAAAGCUUUCUGGACUGCUGCAGCCAUGACAGCAACAAGAACGGCGUCUUGGCAGAACAGAAGGACAACGCAAUCGCCCACCAGACAGAAGCGGCCAGCAAGCGCUCUUACUUGCGACAGCAAGCGGCAGCCGACAUGGCAGAUCCUUUCGACUCUCAGAAAGCUGUGUCGUCAAGUGAUUCCCUCUUCGGCAACAGCUCGGCCCCCUUUGGCGCUGGGGAAAACGACUUCCUGUCCAAGAUUGCCGCUGCACGCUCUAGGAUGGCUACGUCAACACUGGACAUGGGAUCUGACCUUACUGAAACGCCAACAACGUCGAACUCUGACUCAAAUAUAAGAGUGCCAAACGCACCUUCUGAGCAGCUCCCUGCCCCGACACGCAGAGCGAAAACGCUCCCCAUAGAUACCGGUCUUCAAGAUCCGCCUCUUAAGAUAGGCCAUCGCCUCGGGACGAAGCGCACCCUCCGCGCGUACGACAAGGUCCAAGAAGACGCGCCUUCAGAUGGCGCGCCAGGAGGCUUGCGCGUCCCCUCGGCAACAGGCAUUGCUGCUAUUGAGAGGAAGCGGACGGUCUCCGGGCACCCGGUACAGCCGAGGCAACAUUCAGAGGAACCAGGCGCUCCACAGAGACGAAGUGCCAGGAUCAACAUGUCCAGAAACCCCAACAUCAAAUCUCACCCUGCCACGACUACGACGUCAGUCGCCCCCGCCAGAGAGCUGAAGAAGGCUAGGCCCCCGAUUCCUCGACUGGCUCGUCCAAUAUCUGCAAACACCACCGUGGGACGGGCAGUAAGCGGCAAUCGCAAGCCUCUUGAGGAUAGCGGCAUGGAUGUUGAUCAUGCGGAAGCUCCGCGGGUGAAAGAGCCCGUAGUGCAACAGCCAGCUCCCAAGCAAAGCACGCCGGAUAAUCUUAAAGUAGAGGAGGCGCUCAAAUAUGUGCUUGAGCUUCUUCGGAAGUUUGCUGCGGGUUAUCAUGCUCAGUCACAAUUUCAGGGCGCCGAGGCUCUCACGGCCUAUGCCUCGCUCCCACGUGGGCAACAAGAUACACCAUGGGUGCUCUCUCAAAUGGGAAAAGCACACUAUGAGCAGGCCGCGUAUGCUGAGGCCGAAAAGUACUACCGGAGGUUGCGCAUCCUUGCGCCCACGCGCUUCGAGGACAUGGAAGUGUACUCGACCAUCCUAUGGUUUCUCAAGCGAGAGACCGAAUUAUCCUUCCUGGCCCAUGAAUUGGUGGAUGCUUGCUGGCGUUCCCCUCAGGCAUGGUGCGCUCUCGGGAAUGCGUGGUCCCUGGCUCGUGACCAUGAGCAAGCUCUACGAUGCUUCAAGAGGGCAACUCAACUAGAUCCCAAAUUCGCCUACGCGUUUACUCUACAGGGCCAUGAGCACGUGUCCAAUGAGGAAUAUGAAAAGGCACUUACAGCAUACAGGCGAGCCAUCAGUGCGGAUCGUCGGCACUACAAUGCCUACUACGGCAUAGGACGUGUCUAUGAGAAGCUCGGCAACUACGACAUGGCGUACACGCACUUCGACGCCGCGUCCAACAUCAACCCCACCAAUGCUGUGCUCAUCUGCUGCAUUGGAAACGUUCUCGAGAAACAGCGAAAGAUUGUGCCGGCAUUGCAGUACUUCAGCAAAGCUACGGAGCUUGCGCCCCAUGCUGCGCAGACACGAUACAAAAAAGCUCGCGCUUUGCUGGCCCUCAACCAGCUCGACGCCGCUCGGAAAGAGUUGGAGAUUCUGAAGGAUCUGGCCCCUGACGAGGCAACAGUACACUUCCUCCUGGGGAAGCUGUACAAGACUCAGAAUGACAAGAGCUCGGCCGUGCGGCACUUUACGAUAGCUCUGAAUUUGGAUCCGAAGGCGAGCCAGCAGAUCAAGGAAGCUAUCGAAAGCCUCGAGGACGACGAUGAUGGGUACGACGACUCAAUGAUGGGAUGA